CCGCCUCCGCUGCCAGACGAUGCUUCCCUCCAUCCUUUCAAAAUCGAGAAAGGCGCCAUCGCCCGCCGGACACUGCCGCCGUCUCCGUCGUCUCCUCUCCUCUUCCCUCGGCACAGCUAGAGCUCUGCCACCCAACACCGGCUUCGCAGCAUCACCACCACCUCCAAGCACCAACCCCCGCCUCGCCUCUUCUCCCCAUGCCUACCACCACCACACCUCCAUCCUCCAAUCCUGCGUUGCCUCUGGUUCCCUGCGCGCCGGUAGGCAGCUCCAUGGCAGGCUCCUCGUCUCGGGCCUCGGCCCUGACACGGUACUGUCCACCAAGCUCGUCGACUUGUAUGCGGCCUGCGGCCAAGUUGGGCACGCGCGCCGCCUGUUUGACGGAAUGCCCAAGCGGAACGUGUUCCUGUGGAACGUGCUGAUCAGGGCCUACGCACGGGAGGGACCUCGCGAGGCCGCGGUGCGGCUGUACCGCGGGAUGGUGGAGCACGGCGUGGAGCCGGAUAACUUCACGUACCCGCUGGUGCUCAAGGCGUGCGCAGCGCUCCUGGACCUGGAGACUGGGAGGGAGGUGCACCAGCGCGUCUCGGGCACGCGGUGGGGCCAGGACGUGUUUGUGUGCGCCGGUGUUGUUGACAUGUACGCCAAGUGCGGGUGUGUGGACGAUGCUCGAGCGGUGUUUGAUGGGAUCGCGGUGAGAGAUGCUGUGGUGUGGAAUUCAAUGAUUGCUGCAUAUGGGCAGAAUGGGCGACCAAUGGAGGCGCUUGCAUUGUGCCGCGACAUGGCUGCUAAUGGUAUUGGGCCCACAAUCGCUACUCUGGUGAGUGCAGUAUCAGCGGCGGCUGAUGCCGCUGCUCUACCUAGAGGGAGAGAGCUGCAUGGGUUUGGUUGGAGGAGGGGGUUUGGGCUGCAGGAUAAGCUGAAAACUUCCCUUGUGGACAUGUAUGCCAAGAGUGGGUGGGUUCAGGUGGCUCGUGUUCUCUUUGAGCAACUUAUGAAGAGGGAACUCGUUUCUUGGAAUGCCAUGAUAUGUGGAUACGGGAUGCAUGGCCAUGCUGACGAAGCGCUUGCACUGUUUAACAAAAUGAAGGGAGAUGCUCAAGUGACCCCUGACAACAUCACUUUUGUUGGGGUUUUAUCUGCCUGCAACCAUGGAGGGAUGGUUGAAGAAGCAAAAGAAUUCUUUUAUCUGAUGGUUAAUGCAUACUCCAUCAAGCCAACAGUGCAACAUUACACUUGCGUUAUAGAUGUUCUUGGUCACACUGGUAGGUUUGAGGAAGCAUAUGAUCUUAUUAAGGGAAUGUCUAUCGAACCAGAUUCAGGAAUAUGGGGGGCACUUCUCAAUGGUUGUAAGAUCCACAAAAAUGUUGAGCUAGGUGAGCUAGCCCUGCAGAAGUUGAUUGAGCUCGAGCCUGAAGAUGCUGGUAAUUAUGUCCAUCUAUCAAAUAUCUAUGCUCAGUCUGGGAAAUGGGAAAAGGCUGCAAGGGUGAGAAAGCUAAUGACCAAUAGAGGCCUGAAAAAAAUCCUCGCUUGCAGUUGGAUUGAGUUGAAAGGGAAAACCCAUGGAUUUCUAGUUGGGGAUGCAUCUCAUCCUAGAUCAGAUGAAAUAUAUGGAGAGUUAGAGAGAUUGGAAGGUCUCAUGAGUGAUGCUGGCUAUGUGCCUGACAUAAUACCAGUUUUUCACAAUGUGGAUGACGAUGAAAAGAGGAAUAUGGUGAGAAGCCAUAGUGAGAGGUUGGCCAUUGCCUUUGGGCUCAUUAGUACACCUCCUGGGACAAAGCUUCUUGUGACUAAGAAUCUUCGAGUUUGUGAGGACUGUCAUGUUGUUAUCAAGCUGAUUUCACAGAUUGUGCAGCGUGAAAUCAUCAUAAGAGAUGUUAACCGCUACCAUCACUUUGUAAAUGGUGAAUGCUCUUGCAAAGACUACUGGUAGCUUUCACUGUGAAUAAACAAGUUGAAUUUGCUCGUAUUAGUCUUAUAAGACAGAAGAUGGUCUUUUCCAAAACAGCACAGGUUAGCCAAAAAGAAAACAGCUCAGUUUUGAGAAAUUCGAAAGUGACUGGAAAUCUGUGAUUGUCUUUUACUGUCAGAGUUCACCGUGAUGUUCUUCUACAAGACAAGCUUGGAUGCUGACUGAGGCAGCACAGAGUUGCAAAACGCAAUGGUGAUGACUUUGAUAUGGAGCACUUCAUGUAUGUAAAUCAUUCAGAGAUGAAGAAACAUGAUCGUGUUCAUUAUGUAACACCUGGUUCUCCACUGGCCUUGCUUAAAUUUAGUCCUUGUCAGGAGUGGUGUACACAAUUUCAAGGUUAGCCUUCAUGGUUUCAAAAUGGUAAGCAACACAAAAUGGGGGAAAAUCUCGUUCUGAUUUUCAAUACUGGCAAGCUUUUGUCUGGAGGGCUGAGUUUUGUGCCCUGAUGCCUAUCAAAGGUUUUAAAAAAGCCUAUUACGCCACUGGAGUAGCAUCCCAUGAACCUAUUGGUCUUCAUGAAGAUAUAAAAUUAUUAAUUGAAGAUGGAAAUAACUAUUUACAAGGUAGAGGAACCUGUUCAUCUUUAUUUCUGUGUCAUGUUCGAUCUACUGUGUUGCAUAUCUGCUCUAUUCUUCUGUCUGGUGGGAAAUAUCCAUCCUACUAUUUGUUAUAUAAUCAAAAGAAAUAACCCUUUAUCAGA